AUGAUAAGUGCCACAACCUCAUCACCAACAUCAAAAGACGUGAAAGAUGUCUACAGCCAUAUAUUCAAUGGCUACGACAAAUGGGUUCGACCUGUUUGGAAUCAGAGUCACGUUGUAACUGUGACGCUGAGUUUCAAAUUAAAUUCGAUAAAUGAAUUUGAUGAAAAGUCACAGAAACUUGUAUUAGCAGCAUCCACAACUUAUCUCUUCCAUCUACAGCGGAGACCUAAAUUCUUCAUGUUGACAAUCAAUAUUGCCCCCGUAGUCCUGCUGGCGUUUUUGAACGUCUGCGUGUUUCUUAUCCCUUUGUCUUCGGGAGAGAAGAAUUCGUUCUGUGUAACUGUUUAUCUAUCGUACGCUGUGUUUCUGGGAACGAUCAGCUAUGAACUGCCGCACAAUUCCAAAGACGCGUCGUACUUGACCAUAUAUUUACUCGCUCUGCUUGUCUUCAGUGUAACCAUCUUCCUGGUAACUGUCAUACAAGUGCGACUUUUUAUUGAAUAUGGCGACACCCCGGUACCGGCAUCAGUCGCCAAAAUGUUUGGUUGCUGUACACGCGGCAACUGUUCUAAAGUAAAGCGUUUUGACAUAAACGAUCCGGAUGAUGUGAAAAAAGACAGUGUGAAAGCAUUAGAAGACCCCGAAUUAAAACAAACGAACGAGAAUUCUUUGCCAGAAUAA